AUGCCCCCUAAACUUGACGGUGAAUCCACCAAGGAGGAUUAUGAUAAGUUGGUGCAACCACAUAUUACUGCAAAAGAGAUGUGUUUCUUGAGAUUGCAAUCUUUAUAUCAGAUUUCAAAAAAUGUUCGAGACAAACCUGAGUUGACAAACGAAUUUAAUGUUCGUUGUACUGAAAUGUCAUCAUGGCGGGAAAAGUUCGAACAUAGUAUUCUCAAUAUUACAGUUUUGAAAAAGAAAUUCUUUCCAGAUUAUGUUCCCUCAUACAAAGAGAUAGCUAGUUUUGACGAGAUAUAUUUUUUCAUUCGUAGUGUUGCCGAUAGUUUGAUUAAAAAAAAUACUACAAAUAAUACACAAUCCAGCGAUGCUGUUAGUGCUUGUGUUAAACCUAGGCUACCCAAACUGGAGAUUUUUCCUUUUGACAGCCGAUUGGAAAGUUGGCCGACCUUUAGGGAUACCUACUCUAGACUAAUUCACAAUAACAAAGACAUAGCAAAUAUUGAGAAAUUUUACUAUCUGUUGUCAGCUGUCAGUGGUUAUGCGUUGACGAUUGUUAAGUCGAUGCCGGUUACAUCGGACAAUUAUGAGAUAGUUUGGAGCGCGUUGGUUAAACGGUACGAGAAUAAACGGGCAUUGGCAACUACUUAUCUAGAUAAUAUUUUCAAAUUUAAACCAUUAGUAAAUGAAUCAGUCACUGGACUUAAUAGUUUCUUACAGACGUUUCAAGAAAAUAUUAAGGCACUUCAGUUACUUGAUAUUACCGACUUGUCAGGAUUUAUGUUAUUUUAUGUUGCUUUGCGUAAUCUCGACUCCGUGACCAGGCGUGAGUUGGAGCGUGAAUUGGAGCAGGACGAAAUACCUACUGUUAGUGAUUUAAUUAUAUUUAUAGAAAAGCAAGUGCGCGUUCUCGAGAUGUCAAUGAGUGCUACAAAUUCCACUACUACUAGAAGUGUAACGUACUCAAAAAGCCAGUCAAAGGUCAAUGACCCUUAUAAUUCAAAUAAUUCAAAUUUACGACGUACAAGGCCUUCCUUGUCGUCAGCUGUUGUCAAUACAAAUCACUCUGUAAAAUCUAAUAAAUCCAUUGAGUGUUUGUAUUGCAAAAAGAUGCAUUCUAUAUAUCGAUGUAUCGACUACAACGACCUGACUCCGAUGCAGCGUCUCGACAAAAUUAAACAAAUGAAUCUGUGUGAAAAUUGUUUACGAGAGCAUGUUGUUGACGACUGUCCAUCUAAGGUACGUUGUACGAUCUGCAAGAAAAAGCAUCAUCAUACUUUGCACAUUGAUUCUGUUGCAAGUUCGAAUCCUAGUGCGGUUACAUUGACAUGUUCAGCGGACUUGACUGUCUUGCUCGGCACCGCAGUUAUACACGUCGCAGAUUGUUGGGGCCAGUACCAACCCGUACGUGCUAUAAUAGAUAGCGGCGCUAUGUCGAGCUACAUAACUCAAGACUGUAUCAAGCGCCUCGGACUGUCGAGACGUAAAUGUAAUUUUAAACCUAGCGGUCUAGGUGGUAACCCCGUACGCGAAUAUGGUUUAAGUACAUGUAAAAUUAAGCCGCUACACGGUACCGGUCCUAUCUUGUCAACCGAUGCGGUUAUCGUUUCAGCUAUUACAGGUAACUUACCUACGGUGCACCUCCCUCAGAGGACUGUUGUGGAGUUUCAGCACUUAACGUUAGCUGAUCCGUAUUUUUAUAAACCUGCGCCAGUCGAGUUAUUAAUUGCUAGUGAUCUAUUUCCUUAUAUCUACAAUGGCGAUAAGAUAUUUUCUCGUUACCAAGGGAUGCCUGUCGCGAUGGGUUCCAUAUUUGGAUAUAUUAUAUUGGGACAGGUUGAGCUUAAUCAUACGGAUACUGUCAGGGACGGAGAACUGCCUGCUGACUCCAGUCGGAGUGGUACGUUUUGCGGACUUUCCAUAAAUCUCGAUCAAAUAAUGCACUCCUUUUGGGAAGUUGAGAAUAUGCCGACUGAUACACCUCUCCGUAGUCCAGAGGAGGAAUUAGCAGAGAGUCUAUUCCUGAAAGACUAUCGACGCGACGACUCGGGUAGAUAUGUAGUCAAGUAUCCGUUUCGUCCCUCGGUUGAAUUAGGCGACUCGAGUCAAAUGGCAACUCGUCGAUUUCAUAACUUGGAAUUGAAACUGAAACGAGAUCCUGAGUUGAAAGUUCAGUAUCAUAAAUUUAUGCGCGAGUAUGAGGAUCUCGGUCAUAUGACUUGUCUUGGUGAUGUCCAGAACGUGGAUUCGAAAUAUAUCAUCCCGCAUUUUUGCAUCAUCAAGCCAACAAGCACCACGACAUCUCAUCGCGUAGCAUUUGAUGCUUCUGGCAAGACUUCAAAUAAUAACUCGCUGAAUGAUUUGGUGUUACCGGGUCCUAAACUUCAAGCUGACAUUGUAGAACUAUUAAUAAAUUUUCGUCUUCAUGAAAUAUGUCUCUCUGCAGAUGUUUGUAAAAUGUAUAGGAUGAUAACUCUCGAUGAGAGUCAACGUCCGUAUCAACAUAUUUUAUGGCGUUACUCUUUAGAUCAACCUAUACAAAUAUAUCAGUUGAAUACAUUGACAUAUGGCGUUGCUAGUUGUCCAUAUUUAGCUAUUAAAGUACUUCAUACUUUAGCGCAUGACGAAGUAGAGCGAUUUCCGUUAGCUUCACCCAUUUUAAAACGGGCCUUUUUUAUGGAUGAUUUGCUUUGGUCUGUAGCUACCGUCAGAGAGGCGAUAGCGCUUCAGACGGACCUAAUUAAUCUCUUGAAGGCUGGUGGUUUUAUACUCCGAAAAUGGUCGAGCAAUUGUCCUGAAGUCGUGGAGCACCUGGAUGAGGCUCAUCGCGAAACGCCAGUUGCAUUCGAUGAUGAUACCAACAUGUCUAUCAAGGUGUUGGGACUUCAAUGGUUGCCAGCGAGUGAUAUGUUCACAUUCGCUACUACUUCGCCUAAUCCUGUCAUUUCAAAACGAACAGUCUUGUCCCAGAUUGGUCGACUAUUUGAUCCCUAG